UAACUUAGCAAAAAAGAGAGAGAAUAGGAUUACGUUCCUUACGGAACGAAAAUCCACGAGUGAAGUACAGAAGAAGAAAGACUAGCCGGAGAAGAUGCUUUGCCGCGACGGAACAAUCAGUUUGAUUUGCUUCACUGUCGCCGGUUUAAUAUCUCUCUUUCCCGAGAUUCUGUCGCGAUUGCAACUCGACAUUUACGCUUCAUAUUUUACGAAUGUCUGGCUCCUGCAUGCCGUGCAAUACGCUGUUAUAAAUGCAUUCGCAUUCCUGGCGUUCCGUGAUUUUUCGUACCAGGUAGCUGUCAGAGCGCUGUUCCUUGGAUAUGCGUUUGGAAUCGGCAUCCUGGUAUCAAUGAUCGCCCCGUCGUCAUGGCAGGUGUUUGGCAUUUAUAUGACGGUAUUAGCGACCUUUCAUUAUUCCGAAUUUCUGGCAAUAGCAUGGGCAAAUCCUGCUACUUUGUCAAUCGAUAGUUUUAUCCUCAAUCAUAGCAUAAUAUACGGUGUGGCGGCGUCUCUUAGUUGGUUAGAAUUCUCCGUCGAAAGAUAUUAUUUCCAAAAUAUGAAGUUACCUUCGCUUGUAUCCUAUUUCGGCCUAACAUUAUGUAUUUCUGGCGAGAUAUUGAGAAAACUGGCGAUGUGUACUGCAAAGCAUAAUUUUAACCAUUAUGUGCAAAGUGAAAAGAGCGACAAUCAUGAACUUGUCACUCAUGGUGUGUACGGCCUGUGCAGGCAUCCCAGUUAUGUCGGAUGGUUUUAUUGGUCUGUUGGAACACAGUUAAUACUUCAAAAUCCACUAUGCUUUGUCGCAUACGCGUGGAUGUCAUGGAACUUUUUCCACGAUCGUGUUCUGAUGGAAGAAGUAACUUUAUUCGAUUUCUUCGGUGAAGACUACGCUGAAUAUCAGAGAAAAGUAGGAACUGGACUUCCAUAUAUAUCUGGGUACAAAGUUAAUUUAUAGCAUCCAAUAUCGGCGUAAUCCUAUGUUGUCCCAAAUUUGUUUCGGACAAAAGAAGGAAAACGCUUUGUACAUGUGUGUUUGUGAUAACUUAAAUUCAACGGAUUAAUUCUUUAUUCAGAUUAAAAGAAAUUCCUUUUUAUACUUGUGAUACGUGCUUAAUUAAUAUUUGCCAAUUUACAUAUUUUUUGUACCGUCUAGUCAUAAGUUUAAUCUUUAAACUUUUUGCUACUAAAUGCGUAUUGUGCUAUGCGACUAUGAUUGCCCAUUGCAGAAUAAUUGCUCUUUUCGGCCGGAGUUUGCCGUAAUAAAAGGGUUGAAAACUUUUAUUUGCAGAAAAACCUCAGGUUUAAUGUAACGAUUGUUACUAAACAGUUUUAACAUAUAUGAUUGUACAGAAUAGCAAUAUGUAAAUAUUAUGAAUGAAAUUGCAUAAUAAAGUUCUUCUGUUCAAUAUUUAA